ACCAUUAUGUGCCGUGUAAACAGCCCUUUAGACUAACACAUUUAAAAAAUCCUAUAAUUUUAGCAAUUAAAUGAUUAAUUAGAAAUUAGUUUCAUGAGCAUUUCUGCGUUACUAAUCACUAACAAAAAAAGUUAUCGUAAUCCCCGCCUUCCGGAGAACUGCGCAAUGACUCACGUGAAGGCACCUUUAGUCAUCGCUAGUUUAUUUUGGUUGUUGAAAUUAGGUUAGUUAUCUGUCAAAGUUUAUUAAUCAAUCCAUUUAACAAAAAGACGCUUUGUGGCAAUUUUCUCAAAGGUUUUUCCCUUUAAAUGCUCAUUAGAAUUAGUGCAAAUUAACUAAUAUGGUAAUUAUGGACGUACAUUAUUCAACUGACAGACUCAGGGAAGUAUGGCAAGCAGUUGACCAACUUCAUCUGAGUUACUUGGAAAUGGAGGAAAGUCCAGAGAAACUCGAACACAGGAUGCGUUUAGAAGAUUGUAUUCGAGAAUAUUUGUGUAUGGCGUCAGACUCACAGAAGUUUGUUUUACGAGAGACUGGAGACGUCUUGUAUCGCUCUGCAACCACUAAACGGGAUUUCAGCGGAUAUAAAGCAGCUACAGGUUGGAAUGCUAUUCAAAUAUAUGCCGGAAAUUUAUUGUCACAGCCGUGGCGAAAGGAGUAUAGACAAAUAAAGACAUAUUGUGGCUUUUACAAACAUCAAAUCGAAGCUAAUCUUGUUGGAGCAGAAAUUAUGUUUGAAGUAAUGGGGUAUAGGAACUACAGUAAUGGUGUUAUGAUCCUGGAAGGACCCAUUUGUCCUGAUACAGUCACUUCUGUUUCUAAAGAUUGCCUUAUAGCUUACGUAGAGUGCCAAAUUUUGAAACACAUUUGGGAGGAAAUUUCACCCACAUACAAAAUAACUUGGUUGGAAGUUUUAGAAUUUCGCAAAACACACCUUUGUACUCCAGAACAAUCUAUUAGAGCUUUAAAUUAUCAAUAUUACGAGAAGCAGUUUCAAGCACAAAACUCUGAUUAUAAUAGGUGUCACCAAGCAGUUCCUCCCGUAGUUCAGUACUCCCAAGUAACACCCCAUAGUCACGUUCCUGUUACCCCCAUGCCCUAUAUUUACGGUUCAACUUGUUGUCCAAAUAAUUACGCUACUUACGCUCAUGUACCUUAUUCCGUGCCCUUGCAAUAUCCGCCACAUGUCGUGAAAUCUACUUUCUCCAAUGGUUAUUAUUGCACAAAUGGUUACAUAAAUCAACAGCCCCCAUCGUACGAGUAUGGGGUACCCACAGGACAGUUAAUAGAACUAGAUUCGCAUCAAAAUGGGGGGUAUGACGCUGUUGAUCGUCCCACGAAUAGUUUACGAGUACAUAGGAAUUCAUUGAGUAAUCACGAGAAAAAAAUUAAUGAGGCAAAGACUGCGAACAGUAAAGUAGUGGAAAAACCGGAGUCGCAUUUCGAAGAUUGGGACUACGUCUACCGCAACUUGGAGAGUCAAGGCUACUCGAAAGAUUUAGGGGAGCGCGGAGACAUCUUGGGUCAGCCCGUCGAGCACAAAAAAUCAAAAUGUACAAAUCUGGACGAAGCCAUGCACAACCUGACAAUAACAGAGCGACCGUUGAAGAUCAGCGAAGCUUUAGAAAAAUACGACGGAGAGCCGGAACCAAUUAGGAAAAACGUUCGGAAGCACUCGCAAAGCAGUUCGUACGAAAAUUUAUCCGAGAUUAAGAAACCAAACGUCUCGAAAACGGCCAAGACGAAAACAUUGACUGUUCGAGACAAAGCUGUCAAUAACAACAAUUACGAGGGAAGCAAAGAUAUCAAAAACACAAACUACAAAUGGGAAUGCAAGGCGUGCACUUAUCACAAUGAGACGUCGAAGGACAUUUGCGAAAUGUGCAGCAAAAGUCGGAGCAAUGUGGAGCAACAGAUGGAAAUCGGGGGGCCACAGUGCUCCAAAUGUACGCUGGUUAAUUCGAAAGAUGCCAAGGUUUGUCAAGCUUGCGAUUCUAGUUUGAAGAAUUCACCGACUUACAUUUAAUCGGGUAGAAGUGAUAAUAUGCAAAAACAGGGUUGUGUAAUUUUUAGUUCGAUUUUGAAUAAAUAAUCAUGUUGCUUUUGGAAUGUUUUACUUUUCAACUCGAUGAAAAUUAUUUUUAUGACAAGAAUCGCUUAAAUUUUAUUGUAAAUGUAAUGCUAUAUUUAUUGCUGCUUACUAUUGUUGAUUUUGUAACUUGUUUGUUGACUCAUGUUGGAAUAAAUUUAUUUAGUGUAUGUGUAAACACUAAACAGAUAUCUUUGUUUCUUAAUCUGUCAUCUAUGCAUUAACAGAUAACGGUAAAUAAAAAACAACAAACGGAAAA